UUUGAAGUCUACUCAUUCGGUGUAAAAGGAGGUAUUUUACAACAUUUCGGGAGGUGAUCACCUUGGGAAAAUACCUAUUUCUCAUGAAUGAUUUAAUUUAUAAUUUGGAGGAUGGAAGAGAGGAAGGAAAAUUUUAUUGAUGUCUCACUUUAGCUUUGAACUAUUGACAAGUCUGAGGAGUAUGCAACGGAAAGACGAGUUUGUUUAUGACUUUCUGUAAAAUGGAGCAUUCGAGACAGAUACUCUCACUGACAGGCGCUGCUGUAAAUGCGUUGUCGAGCGUUCAAGACUUCCACAAGGACAAAAAAGCUAAAACAAUAGGAGGAUUGCCACAGGGGACCUACACACCUCCACGCAAACGACAUGUACAAGAUGCAACUCAACCUGUUUCAGCCAUGAAUCCGCCUGUUACUAGGGCUAAUUCUGCAACGAAUGACAGAGCUGUUGACCCUGUUAGUGGGGAGUUACAAGACCAGUCUUCAUCUUCACUUCUUGAUCUGACUUUCAAUGGAACUCAGAGAGUGAGAGUGCCUUCAAAAUUACUCCGUGAAAUUAAGUCUCCCAUGGAAAGGAGUUCUUCGUCGGGCAAUUCCAGACAAACCUUACAGGAAAUGGACAUAGUUGAUGAGCAUGUUGUUACAAGACCAUCUCCUGUAAAAGUUGUCAGACAUGUAAAUGGUCCAUCAGCCUGGGUUGAGUUAAACUCAGCUGAUCAUCGUUCCAGUCACAUUCCUUCAGAUCCUGUCAUUAGAGAACAUUCUGUAAAUAGUAAUGUGAAUGGAGUGGAUUCUUGUCGAACUAAAGAUGGAACUCUGAUCACAGAACAAGCACCUCAAGUCACAGUGCGACAUCUUGAGGAUGAAGCUCAUGCAGAGAAAGCAUAUGAAGGAAGAAAGAGCAUUCCCACCAAAGGCUUGUACCAAGGACAGCCAAAGAGUGGAGUCCCAAUUUUCAACCCUGCAGAAGAAAAUGCAAGUGAUGUCAAGAUCAAACGAUUUGUUUUGAAUGACAAAGAAAAGUCUUUAAAAGAACAGUUCUUGAAGAGAAAAGACCAAAGAAGGCCAGUAAAGAAACUGGUUCAACCUACUGUGGUGUCCCAGGCUGGAGAGACAAAUAACCCACAAGGUGCAGUGAGUAGUGAAAAUCCUGUAGCUACUGCAGCAGCAAUUGCUGCUGCUGCUGCAUCAGCAGCAACUGGACCUUUCCUACAGUUGCAGCAUACCUUGGAAGCUCAGAUUUCUGCUCUUGUAAACAACUUACAAGUUCUGCAACAGAAUCACAACAGACAACAAGAGCUACAGGACAAGGAAAAGGAACAGAAACUACAACAACAGCUUGAAGAACGACUGAAGAGGCUUGAAGAUCUGCAAGCCAAGAUGCUAGAGACUCAAUCAGCACCAGCCUCCUAUCCAACUGGCAUGCAACAAGCAACAGCAGCUGUGCUACCAUCCAGUAGUAUGGACAGUGGGAUGUUACCUGUGAGUUGUACGGCCACUGUGGCUGCUCACCAUCCAGCUCAUGUUGCAUCUACUUACUGCAGUGUAUCUGGCAUAGCAAGGCAGGAUGAAUUUACCCAACCACCACACUCUGUAGCUGGUCACUAUCACCCUCACACUACCACUGAACCUUCAUAUCAGCCCAGAGGUCAUUCAUUGACUCCAGCCUUUGAAAAACAUAAAGUGGUCAAAAACACCAAGACACAAACCUCUCCUCAAGAAUCUUUUACCUCAGAAGACUCCCCACUCCAGACUCCUCUACCUCGUAAACGACCGCCUGUUCCUAUCUCUCGCUAUGACCUGCCCAGGUCCCGCGCUAAAGGUCCUCGUUCUGAUGUUAAUACGAAGGCAGAGAAAAAAGCCCGCGUCCGUUUCGAACCAGAAGUGUCUCCUAGUUUACUGUCUUAUAAAAAAGAUUUGACACAUAAAGGCAGAGGACUUUUAAGCGAACUCGCUUUUCAUGACGGGGUGUAUAGAGUUGAGGUUCCUGGAAAGGAAAGUCGCACACUGCCUGCCAGUGGUGACUCUCUUCCACCUAGACCAGAGACAGCCAUGUUGUCAAGUGAUGUUGGAAAAAUUAAAACUGAUUUAAAGGACAUUCUGGCUGAGACAGAGAGACUUAAACAAGAGCUGACUAAACAACAGCUAGUCAAGGGUGACACAAACUCUGGUGUGCUGCAUGUUGGACCUCUUGGUGAUGGUCCUUCACCUCUAGAUGAAUAUUUGGAAACCACUCAUAAAUCACACCCACUAAGAAAACCUGUGACAUCAAGACCAACAGGCUUUCUGCCAUCAAAGUCAGCACACUACUUAGCUGAUGCAGAACGCCUCCUCCAAGAUGUUCAAUAUCGACGGCGAAAUCUGGACAACAAUUUACAGACUCUGAUAAGACAAAGAGAAGAACAUGAUUUGUAUAAUUUUGUGGAUAACAUUCCUUCAUCUGAUGGAGAGUUUGAUGAAAUGCUGAGAAUAAGAAGAGAAGUGGAUAAAAAGAUAAAAGAGAUGAACUCUGCGGUGCAGAGGGAAAUUGAUCUAGAGGAUAGAGGUACUCUGGGGCAAAAACAAAAUUCAGUUCCUUUGAAGAAGCAAACCUCUCAACCACUAAAGACAACAUUGUCAGGGACUAGAAGGGUGGAACCAAAAGUAACUACAAGAUCAACUGUGACAGGGAAUAAACCAAGUGGAAAAAGUACUGGGAAGGAAAAUCUGCCACAGAAGACCUCUACCAGGAGAGGCAAGUCCACUAAAAGCCAAGCCCCUUCCAAGCAGUCUGCUAGAGUGACACCAGCCCAGAAGGAAGUGUACCUUUCAAGUGUAUAUGGCCGCCAACCUCACCACCCACAGAGGACGACGUCUAAGGCACCAUACCUGCACUACCAGUCUCCUGUCAACCCUAAGACAGCUGCAAUAAUGGCUGGGAUCAUGGCCGGUGACAGCAAGCUACCUGGAAAACCUGCUUUGCAGGAUAUGAGUUUCUUUCCACAGAGAGAAUUUUCAGAACCUAGUGGGCAAAAAGCUGAUGCCAGGAAACCUGAGCUCGGUUCUCAAGGGAAACCAAACAAACAAAAAGAAGACAUGCAGUAUUAUUUUCACCCGAGGGUGGACUUGUCACAGGUUGGAGAGGGGGUGUCAAGGGUUGGCGUGCCAUUGGAGGGACAAUUAGUACCUAUGGCUAUACCCCUGGGGAAACCCAAGACUGAUCCAGCAUUACGACCUCCCAUUGUCACCCAACAGCCACAAGACACAACUCAAGAAGAAGCAAAGGCAGAGAGCCCCUUACCAGAUAGCAACUUAUCUACUGACACAUCUGAGGCCCAUUCCCCUGUCCCCACUCCUGUGAGACCCAGUAGGCCUGCUCAACCAAAUGUGGCAGUGAUUACUGUGUAUGAUAAGGAACUGGACGAGAACAUGGACCAUCAAUACAAACAACACAAAAAGACGUCAGCAAAGAAGAAGCGAAACCCUCUGUCUGUCCAGGUGUUACCUAAAGUGGAUAUCGACAGUUUUUCAGAGGUUUCGUCAUCUUCGUCGAGUUUGCCGUAUGCCACGAACAUCCCAGAGCCUUUUUCCCGUCCAGAUGAUUCUGAGUACCAGGAGUUCAGGAACUUUUUGGCCGUCACGGAAACUGGGAACCAGGAAAAGGAUGAUGAACAGGCUCUUGAUGAGGCAGAUGAUGACUUCCACCGAAUUCCAACACCUCAGCACCCCUUGACACUAGAAGGAUUCACAGAAGCACAAGAUGGACCAUACAAUGGCCCCCCGUUUCCACCAGUACAUCCUCCUGUUUCUGUGCAGCAGACAGGGGGGGUUCUUGAAGCUGAUACUCGGCAACAGGCAGCUCUGGAAGAGAGAGCUAUGGAAUGGAUUGAGCAGGAACUCUUGGCGCGUAUUGUAAGUGAAAUGAAUCAACCAGUACCCGACCCUACCACCCUGAUAAGGCCACAGGCCACCCCUGAAAGUAGCAUUGUUUCGGAGACAGAAGAUGAAGAUGAUGAUAUGCUUGCUGCCGCGAUAGGUCAGGAUGGUAUUCAGCUAUUUAUUGACGCAGGAAUUCCCGUAGAUAGGGAACUUGUCACCAAUUUGAUUCGGGAAGUAAUCGCUGAGAAUGUUUCCACGAUUCUCGGUCAUCCAAAACCAAGGGCUAGUCCUCGACCUUCGAGACAACCAAUUGCGGAGGAAGGUCACCCGUCACGUACACCCUCCCCCAGAGGAACACCAUUGCCAACUCCCGCCCCCACCCCCGAGUACACACCUCCAGAGUCAGAGGAGAGUGUGCAUGAGUCGGCAGUUGUUGUAACUCCAGAACGCUCCCCUACACCCUCAGUAACGAGCGAAGAGCCGAUUCCAUCGGAGAGUGCGGAGGAGGAAGAAAAAGAUGUGGAAUCGAUUAAGGAAGAAAUGGAGAAGAAGGAACAGUCUAGUGAACAGAUCUCUGAGAUCAAAACUCCAGUGACUACCCCAGUCCCAACUCCACCUGCUGUACAUUCCCCUUUGGUCAGUAUAUCUACACCUGAGGCUUCGGUUCAAGAGCUAGGAGAAUCGCAAGAUACCAUAGUUCCCACGCCCCCGCCGUCUGUUGUUGUCAAAACACCAACACCGGAGCCUGAACCCGAGCCGGGACCAAGCAUGGUUGAAGAACCCAGUGAACCAAAGGAACCGGCGGUUAGUCAAAAGGAACUGACACCUCCUCAGCCCACGAAACAUUCAGUCAGCAGUCCUUCGAGCAUGUCAUCUACCACCCUUGGUGCAACAACAAUAACCACCGAGGAGGAGAUGUCUGAGGGAGAAUUAAUACAGCCAUAUGCACAUGUUGGAAUGUAUAGCGAGGGAGAGUUUGCUCUGUCGCCAACCAUUGUACAACUGGCCGCUGAAAAAAAAUUGCCCAUGGGUGAGGACUGGGAUUCAACAAGGUUGGGACACGAUGAUGACAGCCGUAACGAACUCGUUAGGGUCGCUCUCAAUGGCAUCUUAAAAGGUGGCCCAGCGGACAAACGACAUCGACAAGGAUCCAGUGACAACAGCAGUAGGAGUAACAGUGAGUCUGAAGAACAGAUCAGCGGUGUCAGCACUCUGAGAGAUACAGAGGACAUUAGAGAGGAUUCCAUUACUGACGUUUCGCGAAGUGAAGGAGAACUCCCGCACGAUCCAAUGGUAGUUUUGUUGAGUCGCAUUAAACACCACAUGAGGUCAGCGGAGAGUAGUAUGGCCAGUGAAGGGGAGUUGUUAGGAGACCGUUCGCGCAUGCCCCGUUCAAACCAGAAGAAAAGUGGAACAACGCAUGUUGGAGUAGUGGCUUCUGGGAACCUCUCUCCCGGUGAAGUAGUAGGGGAAUCCCCCGAUGUAUCGAGAGACCUUCACCGCGAGCUAGAUAAUGCGAACAAGAGGCAAUACCCAACAUUACCCGUAAACGAAGUCGUUCGGACGACCGAGGAAGUGCGAACUAUUGCCGACGGAGAGCUGAGCGUCGAUGAUCGCUCUCUUCACGCGUCAGACUUGUUACCAGGGACGCUCGGUGCUGCUGAUGCUUUGCCAUUUACACAACUUCAGCGUUCUCAUCCGAGAGUGAUUCAGGUUGAAGAACAUGAGAGUGAGCCUUCAAAUUCGCAGCGGACUUACUCGGUUGAGGAGCGAAGGGAAGAUGGAUCUGCUCUUCUUCGUGAAAACGAGAGUGACGAGCAAGCUGAUGUUCACGGUUUAGAAAUGGGAAGCGGAAGAAAUUCUGAUGUAGAAGCUAAGGAAACAGAACCACAAAAGCCGACUAAAAUCCAAGUGACAUUGCCUUCCAUUGAUGAUGUUACUCACGAGGAAAGCUCAAUACCCAGUGAUGCGCAUGUUUCCAUUGAUCAAGACACGAUUGGUGAUGUGUCAUCAAUUUCUGGAGGCGAUUUUUGAGCAGAAUAUUUAUUUUGUCAUUAUGAUAAUUAGCAAUUUACUGUAGAAACGAUAGACAGCAUGGGAGAUGUGGGUAUUUGUUCAGGUGUAUUUUUGUAGAGAUUUGCACAAUACUAUUUGAAGGAAUAUUUAUGAGAAAUGUGAACCGAUGCAUAUGAAAUAAUUCUAACUUGUUCUACAUUGUUCAUUUUACAAGCGCAGCUUGCUGGGAAUGAACACGAGAGGUUCCGUGUGAGCCUCGACCCUGUGUACCCAACCCAGUUCCCUUGACUCAAGGCCAAACCGUUUCGAACGUGCUUAGGAAACCACAAAAUAUAAACAUAGGAAGAUAAAAGGUCAUGAUAACAAUGUGGGGUUUUAAUUUGAAGCCGGAAGCUUCUUUCGGUUUUCUCCUGUAUCACAUUGAAAUAAACCCGGCUUAAAGAUAUGGGAAUAAACAAAGAAUGAACGGCUCGGAACUGAAAGGGUCAACAGCUCGGUUACAAAGGGAACCCGGGACCCUACCGUAGCAUUUAUGGAUGUAAUUUAUCUGUCCGAAGUGAGCUCCCUCGGUUUCGUUUGUGUCUUUUCUCUUUUCUCUUUUCUCUUUUUUCCAGUGAGCCAUUUGAAAUAAUGUCCUAGGAAGAAAAAAUGAUGUUUAGAAAAGCAAAUAACAGCCAUCCUGAGAAAUGUUUCCCACACGCAAAUUCGCGUGAAUGUCAACAAGAGCUAGUGAACGAAAGCGUGUGCUCUUUGGUCAAGAGCCAUUUUAGUAAAAUCACUUGGCUGCGCCAUGUGGUUUCACUGAGUUUUGAAUACUGUUGACGUCAUGUCUUAAGGUUGUAGACAAUAGAAAGCUGUGGUCGAUUUGUUAAACUGACAUUGUGUCACGUAACCCGUCUACACA